CCAGGUGCAACCUAAAUAAUAACCCACAAUCUCCAGCCUUCCCCACAAUCAUGGUCUAUUCAUUGACCUAAUGGACCAAUCCUCCUCUUGUGUCCUAGCACACAGUCUGUUAUAGUUGUCUUGCCAUGUCGUCAGAACAACAUGGAUUGUUUUUGUCCCUUCCUGACGAGGUCAUCCAGAGCAUUUUCUGGUUCGUGCCGGCGGAGUCACUUGCUUCAAUUCAAUCGGUCUGCAAACGAUUUCGCUAUCUUGCAAUCGAACCCAUAUUAUGGCGACAUCUCUGCUUGACUCGGUUUCGAUACUGGGACCCAACGCAUUUGAUCAAACAGAAAAGCGCUUGUCCAGUGGCUCAGGUUGACUGGAGACAACUUUUCGUCGAGCGUGCUUUGCUUGACCGCAAGGCCACGAAGCUACUUGAUAGCAUCCUUGCCAGUCAAAAAGGCCGGAUUGAUAAAUUUCAGGCAAUAGUCAACCUAGGAUAUGGUGCCAAAGACACUUUGUUACAACACUUACAUGUCAGCGAAUCCGCCGAAGAUGUGCUCGCAAGAAGAUAUUACAGUAGUGCGGUCCUCGGAUGCUUGCAUCGGAAUAUUGCGAUCCAGGAGUGGUGUAAACUCAAGGAGGGUCAGCAUGUCACUCUCGACCGAGCCCUCGGCGCAUUUGACAUGUUCGUGCUAGAAGACAGGGAGGGUGAUCUUGAGGAUGUGUCCCAUGCCCUCGAUGCACUGGCCGAGCGCUUUCGUGAACAAACACCGGACCUCGAUAGUCUCUCGCCCCGCGCCAAAGCAACACAGCUGGCAUCUUUCUUACGAGCUAGAGGAUUUAUAGAGGUACCAGAGGGCCGCUACGACGAUCUGCAAAAUAGAUUUAUCGGUAUAGCACUACUCGGACACGACCAUCCUUCUUUACCACUUAUAUCGGUCGCGGUGUUCUGCUGCGUGGCGCAGCGGAUAGGAUUGGAUGCUCGACCAUGCUCAUUUCCAUUUCAUGUUCAUGCAAUGGUUCUCCCUCCAGCCGGCCAGACGCUUGAUGGAAGACAAAUACCCUCCAGCCCAAGCUCAACGCAGCAAGCAACGUACGAGGAUCCAUGGAGAGUCUACCCUCCAUCAGCAGGACAGACGCUUGAUGGAGCAUCAUUACUCGCUGGCGGAAGUUCAGCAGCGCCUCAGCAUCAGCAAAUAAUGUAUCUGGAUCCCUACAGGAGUGACUCCGAGGUGCAUAUCCGCGAACUCGAGAGUCAGCUCGUGGCAAUUGGUGCUGAACAGUCAACCUAUCCAUCACUUCUCGGCGACUCGACCAACUCUGAAAUGGUUCUAAGAAAUGCGCGCAACAUUAUGAAAUCCGUGCAGGACAACCAGCAUCUGGCGCUCACACGACAACACGCACAUCGACAUCAUCAUCUUACUCCCCCUCCUCCACCCGAAGACUUGAAGCCAUUUCCAGACCUCGAAGGCGCAUUCUACAGCGCGUUAUGGGCCUCUUUAUUACUAGGCGUCAUGACCGACGGUCCCCAACAGCUCGCUGCAGCCUCCCGUCGACGACAGUACUUGCCAUACUUUGUUGAGCAUUUCGUCACGCAUUUCCCGCACGACGUAUCCCUCUUUGAGCGCUACAUCAUUCCGCUUUUCCAAAACUUGUCCGAAUAUCAACAACUUCUCGAAGCCACCCGAGUCAUGCGAGCAGGCGACUUGAUUCCCAAAAAGAUCAUUGCGCGAUCAGGACUCGAGGGGCUAAAGCUCCCCCGAUAUAAAGUCGGACAAGUAUUCAGACACAAGCGCUACGCUUACGAGGCCGUCAUUACCGGCUGGGAUGCCGAGUGCCGUGCAGCAGAACACUGGAUGCAGGAAAUGGAAAUCGAUCGUCUUUCUAGAGGUCGCUAUCAGAGCUUUUAUCACGUUUUAGUGGAAGACAAAAGCGUGCGAUACGUCGCCGAGGAAAAUAUGCAAAUCAUCACACCCGAAGUGCCGUAUUCCUUGCUCCCGCUCGCAGGACGGUACUUUAAGCGCUGGGACAAGGAGAACAGGGUCUUUGUGAGCAAUAUCAAGGAUGAAUACCCGGAUGAUUAAGUUUAGUAACCGUCUCGUCUCUUUGGUUUUUUUUAAAUCUAUUCCCUCGAUUUGAGUAUGUAAUUUUAUUUUGUAACUUAUUUUUCUUCUCUUCCUUCCUUGCUUCUUUUUAUGGUUCAUGACUUUCUUUUUACCUAUGCAUUCCUGUGCCAUUUCAUCUUACAUGGUGGACCAACAGUCAAGUGUCCAGUCUCUUGAAUCAAAAACCUUUUCGAUAUCACAAGGUUAUAUUACAAUUCAAUUCAACCAGUCCAGU